UCUCAGAAAACAUUCUGAAACAUUGUGUACACCUACAAUACAACAUACAAACAAAUAUACAAACAUCCACUUCUCUAUUAACCCAACGAAACGCAAAGAUGCCCGAGGAUAAGAUGGUCGCUGCUGGGGCGUACCGGCUCAAGAAGCAGUUCCGGAAUGAGAUUUACAGGCGGCGGGAUAAGGACAUGCCAUGGCAAAAGAAAAUUCUCGAUCUGGACCAAAAGAAGGUGUUUGGUAGAACGGCCUGGGCUUGGUGCCGAAUAAUCGGAUACUACAUGUUCCUCUAUGGUUUGAUCGCUAUAAUCCUAAGUUUCUGGUACACGCUCUUCCACUUCGUGAUCCUUGAGAAAGACAGGCCGCGCUGGCUGAAGAAUGCUCCGGGGAUGUCAGUGUUUCCCACCAACCAGACCACUGUUUCGUACUACAGUAACCUGAUGUCUGACAUUGUUCCCCUGGCGAACAAAAUCGAUGAUAUGCUGCACAAGCUUAAGGACGAUGCUGUGGAAUAUUUUAGUUAUUGCAACGACGACGAGUUGUGGGGCUUUGCGGCGGGCAAGCCCUGUUUUUUUAUUAAACUGAACUAUGUGUACGGCUUUACGGCAAGCACUUACGAAACCGUCAACGAGCUGCCCAAAAAUGCUCCGACGGAGCUGGAGGAGCACGUGCAAAAAUUUGGCGGAGUAAACAGGAUCUGGCUCACGUGCAAAACGACCCAGGGUCCCUCUCCCAAAAUUGAAUACAUCCCGGGUCCGUACUACACCGUUGCGCAUCCAAUGAAGGGCACACAGAGGGUCAUUGCAGUCCAACUAAAUGAGUUGGCACCGAAUACGGAAGUUUUCAUUACCUGCAAAGCCUGGGCUCGAAAUAUUCCCGUUGACCUACAGUUCAAUGGCAAGGGUCACGUCAAGUUCUCGAUUUUAAUGCAUGAAGUCAGUAAGCCGCUAUUGGAUCCUGUGGAACCCAUCACCGAGGAGACCGCUCCUCCAAAAGGACUAAAACCGGAACGCCUGGAGGACUUCCAGCCCAACUUUGAUCUACCGGAUAUACCUCGCCCGGAAUUAGAGCCGCCGGAAGGAGGGGCUAAUGUGCCAAGCCUACCCCUUACGGAGCCAUCGCUGCCUGACCCUCAGGAAGCCCAAAGACAAAAACUCCUUCCUGAUUUAGAGCAACCUGAGGGAUUGGGUGAUGUGCCAAGCGUACCCCCCAAAGAGACACCGCUAAGUGCUCCUGAUGACCUUCCACCGACGGAACCUCCCAGUUGA